AGGUUGGUGAGAAAUGUCGUCACAUAUCAAUUAAUAAUUCAUUAAUUCCUUUGUUUAAGGGAAAGAAGUUGCGAACCUUGUUACAAUAUCCAAAAAUGAGAACCAAAAAUUUAAGCGAUGAAACUUGGGAUUUGAUAAUUGCAAAUUGUAGAUGUCUGCGUAUAUUAGAAUUGUAUGAUUUAAACCUUAAUGCAAUUCCACUCUCCAUUUACAAGUUGAAAUAUUUGAGGUAUCUUGAUCUUUCUGGCAAUUUCUAUCUUAAAAGCCUCCCAAAGAGUAUUUGCAAGAUACAAAAUUUGCAAGCUUUGAAACUUGACUGGUGUCGUUGGCUUGAAGAAUUGCCAAAGAAGAUUGAAAAAUUGGUGAAUCUUACCCAUCUUGCGUUUCGUGGUUUUAAUGGCUUAACUCAUAUGCCACGUGGAAUAGGGAAGCUAACUUCCCUUGAGACGUUAAGCAGGUUUGUAGUGGAUAAAGAUAGUUCACAUGAUGGUGCAGAUCUAAGUGAAUUGAGUAGGCUUAACAACUUAAGGGGACAGCUAACAAUAGAAAAUUUGGGAUUCGUAAAAAAUGCAAAAGAGAAGUUUAGGGCUGCUAAUUUGAAAGAGAAGCAACAUUUGAGAUCGUUGGUUUUAGAAUGGAAUGGUGGUGACGAUGAUGAUGACAAGUCACUUGAAGACGUCCAAUCCCAUCCAAAUCUGAAGAAGUUGGUGGUGGACGGGUGGAGGGGUGAUGCCAAGUUUCCAAGUUGGCUUUGGGUGGAGGGGUGAUGCCAAGUUUCCAAGUUGGCUUUCUGUGCUCACAAAUCUCGUCGAUAUUAAAAUAUGGGGUCCUAGUAAAUUCAAACAUUUCCCAUCCCUUGCUCAAUUGCCUUGUCUUCAAGAUCUGGUGAUUUCUUUUUUAGAUGAGCUUGAGUACAUGGAUGAUAAUAUCCCCAGUGGAAGACAAGGAAACACAGAACCAUUCUUCCCAUCGCUUAAGGUUCUCAGCCUCCGGCACUGCCCGAAUAUGAAGAGUUGGUGGAGGACAGCAGAAGCAAUUGGUGAUGAUUCUAACAAGGAUGACACAACAGUUAUGGAAACAUCAACCAUGGCAUUUCCUUGUCUUUCCUCUUUAGAAAUUAGAAAUUGCCCUUUGACUUCAAUGCCGUUCUAUCCUUCAAGGCCGUUAAAGCAGACUAUGAAGAUGAACAUGAAUGCUAAGACCUCAUCAAGUUCAACUUCUUCUCUUCCUCUCUCCAAAUUGAAAUCUUUCGAUGUAGACAACAUUGAGGGAUUGGACACUCACACGCAAGAUGAGUGCCUGCAACGUCUCACCAGCCUCAAAAAAUUAACAAUAGGAGAUUGCAAGGAGGUUGAUUUAGAGGGCAUGCAAUGGGAAGCCCUUAAGAAUCUCUCUCAUUUAGUGAUUGAUAAUAUUCCACAGCUGGUGUCUCUCCCCCUUGGGCUUCAACAUCUUGUUCAAUUGAAAACAUUAGAAAUUUGUAAUUGCAGCGGAUUGAGGUCACUCUUUCCUGUGUUCCAACAUCUCACUUUCCUUGAAGAGUUUUCAGUAAGGAACUGCAAGGAGCUAGAGUUAUCUGCACCUAACUUCCAAAUAUUCCAAGAUCAUACAAGCUUACGCUCUCUACGCCUGCAAAAUAUUCCAAAGUGUACGUAUCUUCCGGAGUGGCUUCAACAUCUAACAAAUCUGCAACAGCUUUAUCUCCUUGAUUUGCCCAAUUUAACAUCGCUUCCGCACGAGAUGCGUUGCCUAACCAGGUUGGAGUCUUUACAAAUAGAAAGAGUUCUUCGGUUUGAGGAAAGACGUCGGAAGCACUUUGGCGCUGAUUGGCGUAAGAUUGGUCACAUUCCGUUCACUCUAUUGUAAUCAGGCUAUUGGAGGCGUUCAAAUUCUCAAUAUUCACUGAUGCAGGGCACCCCUUUAGCUGUUUGGAAUUUCAGCCAAAUUUGUGAUUGAAGGUCCAAACAAAAAAAAGAAGUUGCUUUAGAAUAUUUGGUCGUGAGGUUGAGGUUGAUAAAAUGUUUCAUUAUUUAUAUAUGUGCAAAAUAUAAGGAUGAUAAUUGAUAACAUGUUUAUUUGCAUGACAUUUUGUGUUUAAUUCGGUUUAUUUUUGAA